AUGAGCCUGCGAGCCCUCCGAUCUCCUCUGAAAGCUAUUGGACGAACUCGCAAAAUUUCUCAAUCAAGACCAGUUUCCAAGAUGACUCGAGUCCCGCUUCCUUUGACACCAGCCGAAAAGCUUUUUCGACAAUGUCUCUUAGACUGCCGGAGCCAAAUGCAGUCUGUUCCCGGGAUGAAUGACCUGGUGCUUCGCUGGACAGGAGGCUGGGUUCGGGACAAGUUGCUGGGCGUCCAAAGUCAUGAUAUUGAUGUGGCGUUAAGUACCAUGACAGGAUGGCAAUUUGGUCAAGCUAUGCAGAUAUUCAUGAAGGAGCAUGGCGCCAAAUAUGAACAAGAAGCGGAAACUCAAGGCAUCAACUCCCAAGUCAAAGAUAUCCACAAAAUCGCCGCCAAUCCCGAAAAGUCAAAGCACCUUGAAACCAUCACAACCAAAAUGUUUGGAAUCGAAGUCGACUUCGUGAAUCUGAGAAAGGAAGUCUACAAUGAGGAAAGUCGCCACCCACAAAUGGAGUUUGGCACCGCAGAAGAAGACGCUCUGCGUCGGGAUGCUACAGUCAACGCACUCUUCUACAACCUCGACACUCAGACUGUCGAAGACUUCACCAAACAAGGUUUAGAGGACAUGGAAAAGAAAAUCAUUCGAACACCUCUGGCACCACAUCAAACUUUUAGGGACGAUCCCCUCCGAGUCCUACGACUGAUUCGAUUUGCCUGUCGACUUGGAUAUGAGAUUGAACCAGCGUCGAAGGAGGCGAUGAAAGACAAGAGCAUCCACGAAGCUCUGCGAGUGAAGAUUAGUAGAGAGCGUGUGGGAACCGAGGUUGGCAAGAUUAUGGCCGGCCCUGAUCCAUACACUGGAUUGAAAUACAUCAACGACUUCGAUCUCUACAAUACUGUCUUCGCUGACCCGGCUGAUUUAGAGGGUGGUGCGGACCCGCAGAAAGCCGUCAUAGCCUACGAGGGACUACAACGGAUCUUAGAAGAAAAAUCUUCGAUCUGUCUCGGCUUAAAGCCAAAACAAGAUCAAGCUUUGAGUUGGUAUCUAGCCGCCUACACGCCGUGGGCAGAGUCUUCAAUGAAAGCCUACAAUGCUUCUAGAGAGGGCAUCAAGGCGACGAACAUGAUGAGUAAGACUUUGAAAGAUGCUAUUGAUUUACGACCCAACAUUCUCAAAGCCAUAGCAUUAGUGGAGGACGACACGGCGACGCGAGGAGAUGUGGGUAUGGCGAUCCGACAAUGCAAGGAAGCUUGGAGGUCGCAUGUUCUCUAUUCCCUUCUCUGUGAUCUUGCAGAGCAGGAAUUUUCUAAAGUCGUCAGUCGAUACCAGAAGUUUGUCGGGUUCAUCUAUGAGCAAAAACUGGAAGAGGCGUACGCCAUGGUUCCAAUUCUGAAGGGCAACGAUAUCAAAGACGUGCUGGGCGCGCCUAAGGGUGGUCCAUGGCUGAAGAAAGCCGUGGAGAAACUUGCUGAAUGGCAAUACAACCAGGAGGAACCAACCAGGGAGCAAGCAAUGGAAAUGAUUGCCAGCAACAAGGCGGAGCUAGGUCUUGGUUGA